AACCCUUGGGGCCCCAAUAGUGAGUUCUUCCAACUAUAUAAACCUCCUCAAACCAUUCAUCAAACUUACCAACUCCAGCAAGCCAUUUCUUGAGCUUCAAGCUUACGUGUUGUCGAGAAGCUCAGUUCUUCAAAUCCUUCGAUUCUUUUAGAUUUCAAGACAGAAAAUGAGCAGGGAUGGAGACUGGAUGUGUGCUGCAUGCCAACACCUAAAUUUCAAGAAACGGGAUGCAUGCCAACGAUGUAGCUGCCCAAAAUAUGCAACACCGUCUGAUGUUGCCAUGUAUGGACUAAACAAAACUGAAGUCUUGGCUGGUGACUGGUAUUGCAGCGGUUUGAACUGUGGUUCUCACAACUACGCAAGCAGAACAAGCUGCUAUCGAUGUGGUGCCUCAAAAAGUGAUUAUUAUGGUAUUGGGGCCGGAAUGAUGGCACCGGCAGGUUAUGGAUAUGAUUCAAGUGCUCUUCCUGGUUGGAAGAGUGGUGAUUGGAUUUGCAGCAGAUUAGGAUGUGGUAUGCACAACUACGCCAGUAGAGCAGAAUGUUAUAAGUGCAAGACACCUAGGGAAUUCGGUGAGCCAUCUUCCUUCUGAUUCUGGAGGUGACAUGAGAGAAAGUGAAUUAUAUUGAGGGACGCUGUGACAUUAAGUUCCUAUUGAAGAUUCAACCUUCAAACAACCCUUCUUCGUCUUUUCUCCCUUGCUUUUAGUUUUUCUUUUCUUCUUUCUUUAGAUUAGUUUCUUGAAGAAGGGUUUAAUUUCUAACUGCAUUGUAACUGUGCAAGUGUUCUAAUGAAGAAGUUCCUUCAGAUUUUCCGUU